GCUUCUCGCGAGGCUUCUGCCGGCACCCCGGGGGCUUCGUCGGCCAGUCGGUAGGGCGGAGCGGCGGCGAUGGCCGCCCUGCGCUCCCUGCUGCGGUGGCGCCGCCGCUUGGAUCCCGCAACCGGAGCUCACCCGGCACGGCGGCUGUGGGCCGGCGGCGGGGCCGGAGCGGCGGGGCUGAGGCGGUGGCGGCGAGAACUGGGCUGGGCGGUGGGGGCCGCCCUCGCCGGGUACGUGGGGUACCGGCUGACCGAGCGGUGGCGGGAGCCCUCCCUGGAGCCGGCAGCCGUCGGGCCGGGCGGGGCCCGGGCGCUGCUCCCCAUCCCUGUGGCGGCCGCUGCCAAGGAGACGGUUGCAGAAAACAGAUCAGACCUUGAAGAUUUACAUCUUUAUGCAACUCCUCGGGAGCAGCGGUUUCGUAGAUUUGCCAGUUUAGAAUUUGAAGGACAGCUCUAUAUGACUCCACACGACUUCAUUCAGGCUGUCACAAGUGAUGAGCCCAAACGUACUAAAAAAUGGCGAUCCCUUUCAAAGCAGGAACUGAAUCAGAUCCUUAUGGAGACACCACCAGUUUGGAAGGGAUCAUCUAAACUUUUUCGUAAUCUUAAUGAGAAAGGUGUGAUUUCUUACACAGAAUAUUUAUUCCUCUUAUGUAUUUUAACAAAGCCACAUGCAGGUUUUAGAAUCGCGUUCAACAUGUUUGACACCGACGGCAAUGAGAUGGUGGACAAAAAGGAAUUCUUAGUGCUACAAGAGAUUUUCAGGAAAAAAAAUGAGAAGAGAGAAAGAAAAGGAGAUGAAGAAAAACGUGCACUGCUGCGUCUUCAACUUUAUGGAUAUCACACUCCUACUAACAGUGUUCUUAAAACAGAAGGAGAGGACCUUGUCCCCAGAAGCUAUUGGGAUACUUUGAGACGUAGCACAAGCCAAGCACUCUUUUCGGACCUUGCAGAGCGUGCUGAUGAUAUUGCAAGCUCUCUGUCAGAUACAACGCUGCUUGUACACUUUUUCGGCAAGAAGGGAAAAGCUGAGCUGAACUUUGAAGACUUUUAUAGGUUUAUGGAUAACCUACAAACUGAGGUUCUAGAGAUAGAAUUCCUUUCCUACUCUAAUGGGAUGAACACCAUCAGUGAGGAAGACUUUGCCCAUAUUCUUUUGAGGUAUACAAACGUGGAAAAUACAUCAAGUUACCUGGAAAACAUGCGCUGUAGGAUUCCUGAAGAAAAGGGUAUCACAUUUGAAGAGUUUAGAUCAUUCUUCCAGUUCUUGAACAACCUUGAGGAUUUUGCAAUUGCAAUGCAAAUGUAUAAUUUUGCAAGUCGUUCCAUAGGUCAAGAUGAAUUCAAACGUGCUGUGUAUGUAGCCACAGGUGUGAAGCUUUCACCGCAUUUGGUGAACACAGUGUUCAAGAUUUUUGAUGUCGACAGGGAUGACCAGCUGAGUUAUAAAGAAUUUAUUGGCAUUAUGAAAGACAGACUCAACCGAGGGUUUAGGGAGACUCCAAGAUAUGGUUGGCAGGAAUAUUACUCAUGUGUGAUGACUGUAACCAGUGAACAUCUCAGAGAUCUAUGGAAGCAAUUUCGGAGACGAGAUAUGCUGAGAUAAAGGAAGGAAGAAAGAAAGAAAGAAUAUCUGCACUGGUCAGAACUAUUUAUUCCUAUGAAUUCUUAAUGAAGAACAAACUAACUCAAGUGAAUUGUGAAUCUUGCAGCUGAAGUAAAAAACACAGGACUUCCUUUCCAUUUAAUAUAGUGAUCAUCAACUCCUACAACUGCUUUUCAAGAUGUAUCUUAUUUUAAUGACAAACUGUCACCUGAUUGGCAGAAGUCUUUUUCUUAAGAACAGUAAUAAUUUGUAUUACUUUGGGAUGUGUUUUGUCAUUUAAAAGAAACCCGAAUAAGUUUGACACCUGGGUAGGCAAACAUUUUGGCAAUGAAAAGAGUCACCUUAGACUGUGAAUUCACUUUCAGAAGAGCAUUAUUAAAAGUUUGUGCUAAACUGGGAAUGAGAAUACACUAAGUAACGUAACAGUUGUACAUGAGUUGAAUGUAAAAAGGAAAUUCUUGCAAGCUAACAAAGCUGUUACUUUAAGAAGAGUAAAGCUGUUACAGCUAUAAUGUGAAUGAUAGGUAUUUACCUAGGAAGGGUACUGUAUGGACUAUAAUGUUCAAAUUCUCCAAGUCUUACUGUUAUGUUUAUUAAUUUAUCCUUUUAAAAAAUUAGAGCAGAUUUUUAAGAUGUCUUAUGAGCAGUGAAAAUGUUCAAAUUCAUGUUAAGUAAGGCACACUUUGUAAUAUUUAUUUUAAAUUUUACUGCCAUAGAGAUAAAUCCCCUGGUACAUUUCUGGUAGAGUAAAACUUCAUGUGUUUCUUGUGAAUAGUGGACUUUUAUAUGAAAUAAGAUGUGACACUAAAUAGAAAUGAUAAUUGUCUAAUUUGCUACUCUGGAAUGCAGUGUCUGAAAACAGAUAAAUGCCCUUGUGUUUGUGUCAAACAACAAAGCAAAACAAACCGAGAAUGCAUGCAGCAGCACAGAGCAACACUCACUACAUCAUAUUAUUUGAACAUUACACAUCAAAUAUUAGACAUAAAUUAGGCCUUACAAAGUUCAUGGAGAUUUCAGGCAGUCAGUAGCCACCGUGAGCUUUCAUGCCCGGCAGGUUUAGAUGUUACUGAAACAGUGGCAAGGACACCGCUACAUUUAGGGGUUUCAUAUCCUCUAAAGAUAACAUUUGGAGAGGUUUAU